GGUUAGUCGUCCUUGCAUUUCAAUCAAUUUUAAAUUUCAUCACAUGAGAUUAUGUCCUUUGAACAUAAAUGUGUCAUUCUUGUUCUCUUGGUAGGCAACUUGAGGUCCCACCACAUCAUUAAGAAACUAACCUGCUAAUGUUUUAUUAUAGACAAGAAAAGAUUGCAAUAUUAUAUCAAUUAGCUUUCAUUGCUUGUCAAUUGUCAUAUAUCAUAUCUGGAAAACAAAAUCAUGUAAAACUCAGUUCUUGUAUGUCCCACGCUUGUAGACCACAGUUUUAUUGAUUUCAGUGUGGGUUUAACUCCUUCAUUGAUCUAUUUAUACAUCCAGAAACAGAACCAGCUCUUCACAUCACCAAGAAGUAAAGCAGUAUCCAAAGCUUGACUCUAAGCAUUUAACUUGUUAUCCUCAAUCCAUCUUUAGUUUACAUUUUGAGAGAUUAGAUAUGGCUCUGGUGCGAGGUCUUUUCGGUGCAAAGAAGAUUCUGAGCCGUUCUGUAACGGCUACAACACCAAAAGGAUUUCUUGCGGUGUAUGUGGGUGAGGACCAGGUCCAGAAGAAGAGAUAUAUGGUGCCACUCUCAUACUUGAACCAGCCUUCAUUUCAAGCUCUUCUCAGUAAAUCCGAGGAAGUGUUUGGGUUCGAUCAUCCGAUGGGUGGCUUAGCGAUCCCUUUUCCUGAAGAUGCCUUCAUCUCUGUAACUUCUGCGCUACAGGGAAGAUGAUCCGGAAAGAAGAUAGGUCUAACAUUACUUAGCUCGAGUUAGAGAUAUAGUUUAUUCAAUGUAAAUAGGUCAAACCUUUUUCCUCAAAGAAAGAGUUGUUCAAGAGGUAACCAAUACUCAAAUGUGAAAUGUCAAUUUUUUUUGUGUGGGAAACAAUGGU